AUGCAGGAGAGCGGACUGCUUUCCGUGUGCCACCACAUCAACUCCACAUGCUCUGUUCAUGUCUCCCACUGCAUAGUCAUCAGUGGAGAAAGCGGGUCAGGGAAGACGGAGAGCGCCCAUCUCAUCGUUCAGCAUCUGACUUUCUUGGGAAAGGCCAACAAUCAGACCUUACGUCAGAAAAUUCUUCAAGUGAACUCCUUGGUGGCCUUCGGGAACGCCUGCACGGCCAUCAAUGAUAACUCCAGCCGGUUUGGGAAGUAUCUGGAAAUGAUGUUCACCCCCGGAGCUGUGAUGGGAGCAAGAAUCUCCGAGUACCUCCUUGAGAAAUCCAGAGUCAUCAAGCAGGCAGCGGGAGAGAAAAAUUUUCACAUAUUUUACUAUAUUUAUGCUGGUCUUUAUCACCAAAAGAAACUCUCUGAGUUCAGACUUCCUGAGGAAAAGCCCCCUAGAUACAUAGCGGCUGAGACUGGAAGAGUCAUGCAGGACAUCACUUCCAAGGAGUCUUACCGGAGACAGUUUGAAGCAAUUCAGCACUGCUUCAGGAUUAUUGGAUUCACUAACAAGGAAGUGCAUUCCGUGUACAGAAUUCUGGCUGGGAUUUUGAAUAUCGGGAACAUCGAGUUUGCGGCUAUUUCCUCCCAGCACCAAACUGAUAAAAGUGAGGUGCCCAACGCCGAAGCUUUGGAAAAUGCUGCCCGUGUACUCUGCAUCAGCCCGGAAGAGCUCCAGGAAGCCCUCACAUCCCACUGUGUGGUCACCCGAGGCGAGACCAUUGUCCGAGCCAACACCGUGGACAGGGCUGCAGACGUCAGGGACGCCAUGUCUAAGGCCCUAUAUGGGAGGUUGUUCAGCUGGAUCGUGAAUCGCAUCAACACACUCCUGCAGCCAGAUAAAAACAUAUGUAGUGCAGAGGACAGGAUGAAUGUGGGCAUCUUGGACAUUUUUGGCUUUGAGGAUUUCCAGAGGAAUUCCUUUGAACAGCUUUGCAUAAAUAUCGCCAACGAACAGAUCCAGUACUACUUCAAUCAGCACGUGUUUGCUCUUGAGCAGAUGGAGUACCAGAAUGAAGGCGUUGAUGCUGUCCUUGUGCAGUAUGAAGACAAUCGCCCACUCCUGGACAUGUUCCUCCAGAAACCCUUGGGCCUUCUCGCACUUUUGGAUGAGGAAAGUCGGUUUCCCCAAGCCACAGACCAGACCUUGGUUGAUAAAUUUGAAGAUAACCUACGGUGCAAGUUCUUCUGGAGGCCCAAAGGCGUGGAGCUCUGCUUUGGCAUUCAACACUAUGCUGGACCGGUAUUAUAUGAUGCUUCCGGGGUUCUUGAGAAAAACAGAGACACUCUCCCUGCUGACGUGAUUGUGGUCCUGAGGACGUCUGAGAACAAACUUCUCCAGCAACUGUUCUCAAUCCCCUUGACCAAAACAGGUAAUUUGGCCCAGACAAGAGCUAGGAUCACAGCAUCUUCACGGUCUUUGCCUCCACAUUUCAGUGCUGGGAGAGCCAAGGUAGACACCCUGGAGAUGAUUCGUCAUCCAGAAGAAACCACCAACAUGAAGAGACAAACCAUGGCUUCCUAUUUCCGGUAUUCUCUGAUGGAUCUGCUCUCCAAAAUGGUGGUCGGACAGCCCCACUUCGUGCGUUGCAUUAAGCCCAACGAUGAGCGCAAGGCCCUGUGGUUCUCCCGAGACAGAGUUCUGGCCCAGCUUCGCUCCACGGGGAUCCUGGAGACAGUCAGCAUCCGCAGGCAGGGCUACUCCCACCGAAUCCUCUUUGAAGACUUCGUAAAAAGGUACUAUUACUUGGCAUUCCGAGCACAUCAAACACCUCCCGCUAACAAAGAGAGCUGUGUUGCUAUCUUGGAAAAAUCCAGAUUAGAUCGCUGGGUCCUGGGAAAAACAAAGGUUUUCCUCAAAUAUUACCACGUGGAGCAAUUAAAUUUGCUCCUGCGAGAGGUCAUAGGCCGAGUGGUCAUGCUGCAGGCAUAUGCCAAGGGCUGGCUCGGAGCCAGGAGAUACAAGCGAGCCAGGGAGAAGAGGGAGAAGGCUGCCAUAACCAUCCAGUCAGGUAUGCGGCCUAGUUCUGGCCAGUACUGCCGCUUGCAAACAGUUUUCAAGUACCUACAUGAGGCAAGCCUCAUACCAGGCUCUCGGGAUGUAGCCAAGGGUACCCCUUUAUGGUCUGACCUCAAAGAGAGACAAACCUACAAGCCAUUAGAACACCCUGGGGUGAGCCGUGAGACACAGGCGGUGUGA